AUGAAGACAUCUUUAAAAUAUCACCUCUUCUUUCUCUUCCUCUUCCUCUUCUUUUUGCUCCCUGUCACCACCACCACCACCACCCCCACAGCUGCAACCACUGCACCAAAUAUAGACACUACAAAUAUGACCACAUUAGAUUAUAUAGACUAUGUAAUUAAUAGUACUGAUAUGAUUGGAGAAAAUGAGACUAUUACUACUACUAUGACUCCUACUACUACUGCUACUACUGAUGGUGAUGGUGAUGGUGAUGAAGAGGAUGAUGAUGAUGAAGAUGAGCUAUUUCUUGGAGAUUUCUGCUUAUGUGAUUUGAAGGUUGAUGUAUGUGAUGUCAAUUGUUGCUGUGACAUGGACUGCAGUGCCUCUGACCGCCUGGCCUUCUCACACUGCCUCCCCCGCCCCUCCCCAACCCCUGACCACCGCUACUGCUUUCAACACAAGAUCGUAUUCUCAUCCACUGAGGAGUACAAGGUGGAGGUGGACCAGGGCGGCCUCACCUGUGUGCUCGUUGACAACCUGCCUCAACACUCCUCCCACACUCCUGUCAAGGUUGCAAGGACACUGGAAGAGUUUGAGGCACUGGAAAGUAGGAGUAAAGCCUUCCCAUGGCCACAGAUGCCACCACAGCCAGGUACAGACACCACAUCACAAGACGCCAGAUACAGUUAUGGUGAUCUUGUGUGGGGCUACGAGCGUGAUGGUGUUAUGGUCAAUAUGGGCCUCCCCACAGCCAUUGUAGGAAGUGAGUGUCAGGCCCAGGAGGACAUUCAGUACUUGAGGGACAUCAGGACAGCAUGCAGCCGAGUCCUUCAGAGUGCCCCCAAGGGUUGCCUCACUCCUGAGCUCAGCGCCUCCACCUACCUCACUCUGACGGUCCUGUCUGGCGCCCCUGCUGACUCUGAGAGCAUCAACGUGACAGAAGACCUGAAUAACACCACAACCACACCCACCACACCAGAAAACACCACCACACUCCCUCCUACCACACCAGACACACCAACACCAACCUUGGAAACCACCAACAAAACAAACAUGAUGCAAAUAACACCAUAUCUGUGCCAAACGGACACAAAUGACGAGGAAACAUGCAUCGAGGUGGAGCUGACGGACAUACCAACACCUGCAUACACGAAUGGCGAAUGCACCAACACUAUACGUCGAUUGGACUACAUAUUCGUGCACAAUGGAGUAGAAGGGAUGGUGGAAGUGAGAGCAAUGAUUCGACUGGGAAAUACGUCAUUGGAGGGAAGGUUACAGAGGCAGGAAUUCAGUGCAAGGUUUGUGUGGGAGGAAAGCUUGGACAAGGAAGUGUUCAAGAGGAGUGGCCGGCCGGGCUAUGUGGUGGGGAAGCCUCUGCUACUUGGACGUGUUGUAGAGAAUGUCACAGAAGAAGGAGAGGUCAGGUCAGCCAUCAGUCUUGACCUGGACCCAACAAAGUGGCUAACCCUCCUUUCCCCGGGCAGCAGAGGUCACUGCCACAGACGCACCCAGGUCAAAUUUGGUAUUGAUAUGAGGUCCAGCUGCUCCCUUGAGGUGACCCGAGAUGACCUGGACUGUGAUGAGCUGAGAGGUCAAAUCUUGGGAUCACUCUUGGGGUCAUAUCUUGGUGACCUUGGUGUGCUGAGGGUUGGAAGUUAUGGGGAUGUGAGUGUGGCCAAUGUGGCUGACUGGGUGCCUAUCUUGGUGCCUGUUGAGUCCAGAAGGGUUUCUACAGACAGAAGAAGAACAUCAAAGUGCCAAGGUAUUAUCCAAUCAGUUCAUUUGGAGGUCUUCUACAGCUUGCAGGGAGCAUUGCAUAACCCACAAGCCAAAAUCAUUGCAGUUGUCUUACGUCUUGGUCCUCCUCAGAGCUUCCCCCAGAUUCAGAAGGCUUCCUCCUCCUCCACCUUCUCCCUGGAGCUUUACUCUACUGUAGCAUUUGUUGAGAUAAAGAAUUUGCCACUUCCAGCUUAUGCAAGGCCACCAAGUUUAGACAUAAAGUUGCCAUAUGAUUUUUUCUACCCAUUUCUUCCAUCUAGUGCAUGUGUGUGUGUCAUGUGCUUGCGUCUGUGUGUCAUGUGUUUAUUCUGUGUUUUGUUUGUGGUUUGAGUGUGGUUGUGUGUUUUGAUAUGAUUUUUUUUUUUUCUGUUUUUUCCAUUUAGUGUGUGUGUGUGUGUGUGUGUGUGUGUGUGUGUGUGUGUGUGUGUGUGUGUGUGUGUGUGUGUGUGUGUGUGUGUGUGUGUGUGUGUGUGUGUGUGUGUGUGUGUGUGUGUUUUAAUGUGAGAAUGUAUGUGUGUUUCCAUGUGUGUGUGUGUUUUGUGUCUGGAUGGGUGUUUGUGUUUAUAUGUUUUCAUAGGAAAAUGUGUAUUUGUUGUCUUGUGCUGUGCAUUAAGUGCCUAGAACUAAUGUGUGUGUGUGUGUGUGUGUGUGUGUGUGUGUGUGUGUGUGUGUGUGUGUGUGUGUGUGUGUGUGUGUGUGUGUGUGUGUUGUCCUGUGCCGUCCUUAUAAGUGCCUAGAAGUGAUGUGUGAGUUUUGUCUUGUAGCAUCCAUUAAGUGCCUCAUAAUGUGUGUGCAUUUGUAUGUGGGUUAAUUUUACUUACACACUGCACUAUUAAAUGAGAUAAUGAUUUGUGUUGCAGCUGGUAUUAGUGGUAGGAGGUGAUGAAGUCAGUGAAGUGUUGGGGUACAUCUUUAUAACCUCAUGGGUGUACUGUCGAGUGCCUUGCUGUGUGGCAUGACAGGACACCAGUGAUGAGAAGACAGGAGGUGGAGAAGGAAGAGCUGGAGGUGCAUUUGGAUAUAUUGCAGUAUUCACUUGGAGUAAUGAGAAGGGAAUCAGUCAGAAAUUAAUGUCAGAUGGAUGAGGUAGAGUUAAAGAAGUUACAGUAUUCACUUGGAGUAAUGAGAAGGGAAUUAUUCAGAAGUGAAUAGAUCAGAGGGAUGGUUUGUAUGUACAAUGUAUGAGUUUAGAGACAGAGAGGCAAGAUUAAGAUGGUUUGUGCAUGUGCUGAGGAGAGAUGCAGAUUGUGUUGGGAGGAGGGUGCUGAGGAUGAGAGGGAAGCUAAAGAGGGAAUUUGUGUUGGCAAGAGGGUGCUGAGGAUAGAGCUGAGGAGAAGAAGGCCAAAGAGGGGAUUCAUUUAUGCCAUAGAGGAGGACAUGUAGAAAGUAGGAGAGGCAGAAGAUAGAGGAAUGUGAUUUGCUUUAGAAUAGGACAUGCAGAAAAUAGGAGUGACAGAAGGAAAGGCAGAAGGUAGAGGGAAGUUGUUUGCCAUAGAAGAGGAGACGCAGAAAGUAGGAGUUACUGAGGGAGAGGCAUAAGACAGAGGAAGAUGGAGGGAAGUGAUUUGCAGUGGCAGCCGUAAGAGUGACAAGUAAUAAUAAUAGUGGUUGUGGUGAUGGUGAUAACAGUAAUAGUAGUACCUGCACUCUAGUCAUUCCAUGAAGUAUUGUAUUACACUGCACAAAAUAGAGAUAUAAAUAAGAUGUUCAGAAAUAUACCUGGUGAUCUACAUAUGAACACUUGAAUUGUGAACUUCCCUGGAUCUGAACAAAGCUGUGACUGAGUGUAGCAGGCACAGGAAGCAUAUUAAACACAGCUCUCAUGCGCAUCCAAGGAGCCUUGCCACCAACUUGCCCUUGAAAGAUUCCAGUAUGUUAAAUGUUAAGAGCAGAAGCAGUGGUUGGGCAGGUGAUGCUGUGUUAGCUCUUUAAAUGGUGAAGGCUACAUAAGAAAAACUGCAGUAAUCUGUUCUUAAAUAGAGUAGUGGAUGAAGGGAAUGGACCUAAUAAUCAUUGUUAGUCAUGAGUCAUUAGUGAGCUUUAACCCUUUGACUGCCACUUGGUACACCUUUCCUUAGUUACCAAUCACUCUGAGACAUCUUUACUUGUCAAUCUUUGAACUGGGAAGAAAUUGCAAAAUGUAUUCUUUUUUCAUCACUGACUUUCUUGUAGAUGCUUAUAAAGACUUCACACAUUGCUUCCAGUGCUGCUAAUUGCUUCAUGUCAGUGGAAGGCUUAAAAGAAAGAUGUAAGAUGGUAAGAAAUGUUUGGCAAAGGAAACAAAAGUGGCCACAACAGCCAGUGCCUGGCUGUUGAGAAGUGAAGCAUUCAUCACCCCACCAACAGCACAUCAGGGGAAAUUAAAGAUCUUGUUCCUGUUAUUAUACUUUACUUCAUGUACAGUAAUUAGAGGUUGUUUAUUGGUGGUGAUCACUUAAAGAUACUGUUUAUAUGUCCAGAUGUAGUGCUGGCUGAGGGUAAACUGUUUAUCCAUGCAUACCAAUAGUGCAACUGGAGAAAAACAGUAGUGUUGGACUUAGUGAUGACCUCUUGAAUGGAACCUGUUCAUCAGUAGGUCACCAGGUGUAUAUUAUUAAUGCAUUCCUUUACCUAGUCCUUUACUUAUUUAUAUGCACUUCUUCAUUUAGGUCUCUAUUUUUAUUUUUUAAGAUUGUAUGAAAUUAUCUUUAUUAUCAGGGUAAUGUAAAACUGUAAUUAAAGAUCUAAUCAAGAA